AUGUUUGGUCUACCACAGCAAGAACCUUCUGAAGAAGAGAAGAAACUACAUCAACAGGCUACCAACAGGACUUUGGUCAACGCCUUUUACGCGAGUGCCCUACUAUGGUUGUCUCCUAUGGUGUGGCAUUUCAUUAAGAGACAAUGGAAAUAA